AUGCAGAAAACCGGCUUGGUGCUUUGCGUGGUGCUGUGCUGCUUUCUCGGCCUGCUGCGGAGUAACAAUCUGUUCAGCAAUGCUCCCUGCCCCUGCCCGGAGAAGGCCAUUCAGCAGCAGCAGCAGCAGCAGCAGCAGCAGCAGCAGCAGCAGCAGGACACGUCCACCUUUCCGACAGCCGCAGUGAAGCUUGAGGAGGUGAAGGUCCCUGACAGCCCGGCGGUCAAAACCAGCCCGGCGGUCAAAACCGCCAGCGUGCCGGCUUUGCCGGCCAAAGUGGAUCACCUGGCCUUUGCGCGCUUCCCAAAGACUGGCAGCCGCUACGCCAUUCAGCAGUUCCGCGCCGUGCUGGGCAGCUCCUUGAAGGUCCUGCCCGAGGCCUUGGCCAUGCGAGCCCAGGACAUUUCAGACGCGUUCCUGGUGGGUUCGGUGCGGAACCCCUGCGAGUCGUAUUUGAGCCUUUGGGCCUUUCAGUCGGAGGCGGAUCGACCCGCAGGUCUCAUGCAGGAGACCUGA